AUGAUGUCAAUGUUCCACAUGAGUGACCUUGGUCUACUCACCUACUACCUCAGCAUUGAGGUGAGUCAGGGUGAACGUAGCAUCAUGCUCUACCAAAGCGCUUAUGCUAGCAAGCUCCUAGAGAGGAGCGGCAUGGAGGGGUGCAACCCAUGUCAUGCACCGUUGGAGGAGCGGUUGAAACUCUCCAAGGCAAGCACAACACCAGCAGUUGAUGUGACACACUACCGGAGCAUUGUAGGUGGUCUGCGCUAUCUGGUGCACACAUGGACGGACAUCGCAUUCGUCGUGGGGUAUGUAAGCCGAUACAUGGAGGAUCCGCGUGAAGAUCACUACGCGAUGGUCAAGCAUCUCCUCCACUACGUGGCUGGUACUCACGGGUAUGGCGUUGUCUACAAGAAGGAAGGAGGGGCCGCACUCGUGCUGAUAGGGUACAGCGACAGUGACAUGGCUGGCGACCUUGAUGGUUGCAAGAGCACGAUCGGUGUUCUCUUCCUCCUCGGCCAUAGUCCCAUCUCCCAGCAAUCACAGAAGCAAAGAGUGGUUGCACUCUCCACAUGCGAAGCAGAGUACAUAGCUACAGCUAUAGCAGCUUGCUAG